AACUACACUUACUGUCCAAUGGACCCAACCAAUAAACAAUAUCUGUUUAACAUUAUAACUACUAAUAAAGCUGGGAAUGGAUCUACUAGUAACAUAACUGUUGGAUUUCAAUCAACAAGUUCAUCAGUUUUGCAAUAAUGCGUCACUAAUGAACAUUACUUUGAAAGGAUGUACUAAGGAUAACUGUUAUUCAACAACAAAUGUAUCCAUAAGCAAUAGUUCUUAUAAUAAUAUUAUUUCACUUGUUGUUCAAUUUCCAUCAAAUAAGACACUGAAUACUAAUGCUACCUUGUACUAUCAAAAUGGAGUUACAGUUCAAAGCAACACUAUAACAAUCAGUACUCAUGAUCUUCAGAAAUUUACAUUGAUUAAUAUCACAUCAAAUUCUGUUUGUCUUCAGUUUCAGUAUAUCAAUGGCAGUACACCUAAUAGUGAUGUUAUUCUUUUCACUGAUAAUAUGAACUAUACUGAGUCUUACCUCAUAUCUCCUGAUAAUCAAUUCACCUUUAUUCAGUGUAUUGAUGACAUACCAGCUGGUAAUAACUUAAGAUUGUAUGCAUGUGAGUUAGCUACCAUAAAGAACUGUGAAUCUAAUCCUCUUGCUGUAAUAACUGAUAUUAAUAUUACUGAUGACUUUACAUCUUUAGUUCUAAUGUCAUCAGUUCAUUCAUCAUCAGUAUCACUCACAUCAACAGUAUUGACUACUCCAUCAAAGAUGUCUGUACCAUUGACAAUAUCUACUUCACCAGUAGCAACUAAUUCAACAGUUCCAACUACUUCAUCAAUGACAUCUUUACCAACAAUGGUGCCGCCUGUACCAACUCCAUCAAUAAUGUCUGAAUUUGUGACAUUUCCUUUAUCAGUGUUGACUACUUCAACUACUUCAAGAGUACAACUUACUACAAGUAGCUCCAUCAUAAGCAGUACUACAGAUACUCCUACCAUCAGUAGCUCUACUUCUAUUCCUACCACUAGAUUAACUAGUACAUUAGUGACAG